AGGGAGCGCUUGAUUCAAGAGUAUCAAAGGAAUCAGGACCGAGAAGCAUCUGGGAGCGCUUGGUUAAUACCUCAUCACCCCCCAGCGUGGAUGCAGGGCGACGGGUUAAUGAUUGAAGGUCCACCCGGGCCUCUCUCGGGAGGAGGACUGAGUCCACUAGGAGGAACCAGAUCCACUUCAGUUUAUCUUCUCAGUCAGAGACCCCGCGGUCAUUCUCUGGAGGCCGGGACUUCAGGACCAGGACCAAAGAACAGCUGCAGCAAUGGCUGAUGGGAAGCGGCGGAGCGGCGUGGUGUUGACCCAGGAUGGAGGGUGGAGCUGGGUGGUCGUAGGGUGCUGCUUCGUGGUGACGGUCUGCACACGAGCAGUGACGAGGUGCAUCUCCAUCUUCUUUGUGGAGUUUCAGGCUCAUUUUGGUGCUGACUACUCGUCGACCGCGUGGAUCCACAGCCUGGUGGACUGCACCACCAUGCUCUGCGCUCCUCUUGGCAGCCUGGUGGGGAACCGGUGGUCGUGCCGGGUGGCCGUGAUGCUCGGUGGACUCCUGUCCUCCUGUGGACUCCUCCUGAGCUCCUUCACCAACAGCCUGGAGCUCCUCUACCUCACCAUGGGGGUCCUGACAGGUCUGGGCUUCGCCCUGUGUUACACCCCGGCCAUCGCCAUGGUGGGCUGUUACUUCCACCGCCGGAGGGCGCUGGCGUACGGGCUCGCCAUGUCGGGCAGCGGGAUCGGGACCUUCGUUCUGGCGCCGGCGGUGCAGCUGCUCAUCGAGAAGUACUCGUGGCGAGGAGCGCUGCUCGUCCUCAGCGCCUUUGUGGCUAACCUGUGCGUCUGCGGAGCACUGCUCAAACCAAUCAGACUGCAGGAUCUCAUGGAGGAGGAGCAGGAGGGAGAGGAGGCGGAGUCAGGGAAGGAGGAGACAAUCGGCCGCGUCUCCUUAAAGGAGCCCGAGGUCGCGGUCAAACUCCCCAAAGAAUCGGACGGCUGCCUUAAGCCGCCGCUGCCCCUGAUGUCGGGAAGCCCCGCCCCUACACCUGAGAGGAGGCGGUGCUUCCUGUCCAUAAAGGAGUACCGUUUCCUGCUGCUGCCGGACUUCCUGGGCCUGGCCGUGUCCUUCCUGUUCCUGGCCAGCGGCUGCAGCCUCCCCUUCGUCUACCUGGUGCCGUACGCUCUGAGCGCCGGCGUCUGCCACCACCAGGCCGCCUUCCUCAUGUCCAUCUUGGGGGUCCUGGACAUCGUGGGGAACAUCACCUUCGGCUGGUUGACGGACCGCAGCUGUCUGAAGCCCUACCGGCUGGCCUGCUACGUCCUGGCGGUGGCGAUGGAGGGGCUCUGCUGUCUCUGCGCGCCGUUGCUGCGCUCCUUCUCGCUCCUCGUGCCCUUCGCCGUCCUCUACGGUUACUUUGACGGCGCCUACGUGGCGCUGAUCCCCGUGGUGACCUCGGAUGUGGUGGGAGCUCCCUACCUGUCCUCGGCGCUGGGUGUGGUCUACUUCCUCCACGCCAUCCCCUACCUCAUCAGCCCGCCCAUCGCAGGUUGGCUGGUUGACGUCACAGCAAGCUACACGGCCACCUUCUUCCUCAGUGGUGCUUCGCUGCUUUCCAGCGCCGUCCUCCUCUGCGUCAUCACCGGCAUCCGCCGCUGCCGGCUCCGACCUCAUGGCCCCGCCGCCAAGUGCUAGCCCCGCCCCCUACGUCUGUCCGACCAAUCGGAUCUCUUCGGGUGGAAGCUGUCCGUCGAGCCGCAGACGAAUCGUCGGGGGCGCAGACCGCUACGAGGGCCCCGAUUGGCCGGCUGCCUGAAUUCAUUAAGAGGACCGGAAAUAGGUGCUUACAACUUAGAGAAACACGAGAGACUUCCUGUCACAUGACUCUAAAGGAGGUCUCAUGAAGAUUCUAACAGAAACCUGAUCUCUAAGGAAGGCACCAGAUCCCAGAGAGAAAAGAAAUGAUUUAGUGAGAGACGUUUUCAAAGCACCUCCAUUCAGGGAAGCAAAACAACACCGAUGACACAAUGUUGAAUUGCGUGUCCAGUUGAGGACAAUAAAUGUUAAAUGUUAAAUGAGUAAAGACGUUAUCUUGUGUUCAUGACACCAGAACCUGCAAGUGGUGAAAGAAUCCUUCAGGGUCAGCGCUCCCGAGAUGAUAUUUACAGAUGAUUCCGUCAUGUGACACAAGCAUCCGGAGUCCCAAAGAAGAAAAUGCUCCUCCGGGAGCUAGAUUAGCAACUUAGCUUAGCUCUUCAUUAGCGUAUCU